AUGCUGGAUCCGUUCCUCGAUCGAGACGGCAUCAUCAGAGUAGGAGGACGUUUGAAGCAUGCUAGCAUCCCUUUCGCACAGCAGCAUCCAGUGGUACUUCCACGCUCUCAUCAUGUGACGUCUCUCAUCAUUCGAGACGAUCACGUACGCAACCUGCAUGCCGGAAUUCAAGCCACACUCUACAGCGUCAGACAACGCUACUGGCCCAUCGAUGGUCGGAAUCAGACAAGAAGAGUCAUCCGGCAGUGCAUCAAAUGUUUUCGGGCCAAUCCGCCCUCGACUGAAUACAUCAUGGGCAAUCUUCCGAAGGCUCGAGUCAACGAAGCUCGACCAUUCAGCAACGUAGGCGUCGACUAUUGUGGUCCAUUCUACCUCAAGGAGAAAAAACUUCGGAAUCGGAAUAAAAUCAAGGCCUACGUCGCAGUCUUCAUCUGUCUCACUGUCAAGGCAGUACAUCUUGAAUUAGUCAGCGAUCUGACCACUGACGCGUUCGUCGCAGCCCUACGAAGAUUCAUCGGUCGCCGAGGAAAACCACAAACCAUCAGUUCCGACAACGGUACCAACUUCGUAGGGGCAAAUAAUCAUCUGGAGGAUCUGCAACGCCUAAUCAACUCGCAGGAGCAUCAACAGAAGAUCAACUCCUACCUAACCGACGAAGGAAUCAAAUGGAGCUUCAUUCCACCACGGUCGCCACACUUCGGAGGCUUAUGGGAAGCAGCGGUGAAAUCCUUCAAACAUCAUUUAAGGGAAACACCAUCCAACCGGCUCUCAGUUUGGCAGCAUCUGCUGAAAAUCAAACGAGAUUUCUGGACAAGAUGGUCCAAGGAAUACCUGAAUGAACUCAACAUCCGGCAUAAAUGGACCAGCGGCAACCAUGGAAUCGGAGAAGGAACCCUCGUCGUCAUCAAGGAAGACAACGUUCCUCCCAUGCACUGGGCUCUAGGCAGAGUCUCCACCGUCCACCCUGGCUCCGACUGCAUCAUCAGGACCAUUAAACGAAAUGUCCAACGCUUAGCACCGUUACCAGUAGACGUAUAUUGCCAAAGUAUUCCUUUUCUCCUAAUGAGAACAUUGUUCGACAUUCAAGCAUUGUCACAAUUGAGAGGAUUAAUGUUCAGUGACACAAUAAGGUUGUUCACGACAUGGAUUAGAGCAUGUUAA